UCUUCUUCUUUUUAUUACUUUCAGAUCUUGGUGGUGCUUUCCAUGAUGGCAUACUGGGCAUUUACUGCUUACGGAGUCACCCUGUUGCAGGAAGGAGCAAGCACUGCUGGAAUGGUUGCGGAUUCUUCAGAUUACGCCACAUUUUUCCACAAGGAAAGCCACGAUUUCAUGGACUUCGCGGUCAGAGUUCCGGUGGUUCUGAUCGGAAACUUGGACUACUCUGAUCCGGAAGUUCAGGGUGAAGUGGAGAGAAUCACGAGUUUGAUAGAAGGGAGCAACCCGAACAUUGCCGACGAUUUGUACACGGAUUCCUGGCUGAGGGCAUUCUUGCAAUUCCUUGAACGCGACGGGGCAGACAAAGAUUUCAACGUUCACGGCAUAAAAAAUUUCACUCACGUUUUGCAAAAGGAGUACCUCGCCAGCGACCCUACGAACGUGUUUUCUCGAGACAUUUCGUACGAUGACGACGGCAACAUCCAGGCUUCAAGAUUCGUGUUUCAAGUGCAGAAUUUGAAAACGAUCGACGAUUUCCGGUUCAUCAUGAUGUCCUUCAGGCAUUUAUUCUCGACCGAGCUGAAGGACUAUAACAUAACGUCCUACCAUCCAUUGUAUCGUCUCGGAGAACAGGCGAGUAUUAUUGGCUUCCUUCUAUUCUCUUUUUGGCAGUCCUAA